AUGGCAAUACAGGAAUCAGCACAAAGCAGACGCAGCAGCACAAAGGAUUUCCAAGACAGCUGGGCCUCGGGCCAAGGUAUUUUCCCAGAAAAGAAGGUCUUGACGGAGGAUGGCUAUGAGCAGACCUGGGGUGUCAAUGUCUUGGCGCCCUUCUUGCUGACAUCUCUCCUCAUAGACUCUGUCAAGGAGCGCAUCGUGAAUGUGAGUUCAAUCUCAGCCGGCAGCCGCAUCGACUUUGACAACCUCAAUCAGGAGAAGGGCUUCAGUGCGCACAAUGCAUACUCCCUGUCCAAGCUGGCAAUGAUGAUGUUCAACACCGAGCUGGCUGCGCGCGUGUCUCCGCCACCCACAGCCAACUGCUUGGACCCUGGCACAGUAAACACCAAGAUGCUGAUCCAAGGUUGGGGCCCAUGUGGCAUCGACAUUGAGGAUGCAAACCACGAGCUGUACCUGGCAACCAGUCCUGAUCUGGCAAAUACCACUGGGAAAUACUUUAUGGAAGACCGGGCCGUCUGUGUAGAGCAGUGGCUUGACAGAGCUCGCACCAGCUCGGGGUUCUAUGCUGUCUAUGAUGGCCACAAUGGCAAUCUGGCAGCCCAGACCCUCAGCACGCGCCUGCAUGAAGCAGUCUUUGAUUUUCUGGCAGACCUGCCAAGAUUGCAGGGCGAGCUGGCGGUGUCCAGAUCAGUGGGGGAUCUGCAGUAUAGGCCAUUUGGGCUGACAGCAGAGCCGGAGUUCAGCAAGUGGCAUGAGGCUGGCCCAGGAGAUAAGUGGCUCAUCCUGGCAUCAGACGGCGUCUUUGAGAGCCUGACCGAGGACCAGAUCUGUGACAUUGCUGCUGCCACACUGGCGGGGGAGCAGCAUGCAUUGACACUUUCAGGCCCGCGCAAGGCUAUUCCACUGCCUCCUGUGGUCGCCCCUCCAGUGGUCCCUUCACAUGCAGAGCACCCAGUGGCACAGGCACACCACGCAUCCGACCAGGGAGUCUGCCUGUGCCAGUCAGACGCAUGCCGGGAAGCUCAAUCACAUGGCUCCUGCGCAGCAGCCCCGGCUGAAUAUAGCAUUAUUGAGGACGGGCUAGGCGAUGCAGCCGAUGCAAUGAUUCCUGUUCCUCGGCGCAGCACAAUCGCGGCAACAUCCUCCUUGAUGGAUGUGAAGGGCGUGCCACAGCACUACGAGCUUAAGGAGCUCCUGGCACUCGUGCCCAGGUACCGAACUCCCAGCGACGACGCUGCAGCGUCUGUUGCGCGUCCCAGUCUGAGCAGUGGCAGUGACCAGCACGGCUUGGCUACAGGACAGCAGACAAUUCCCCUGGCCGGCAGUGAUGAGGCGUCAUGUGGCCCUGGGGAUAAAGAAGCAGCGACCCAGAUCCGAUGGGCGCUGCACACCGGGCAGCUGCAGCUUGCGCCGGCUGCCGCAGAGCUGGUGCAGGGCCUCGCAUCGCUGCCACUGCAGCCAGCGGGGUCAGAACAAAGUGCAGAGAUGGGCUGGGCACUGGCAGAGGAUGAGAGGCCAAACCAGGGCAGCGGUAUGGGCGCCACACAUGACUACAUGCUGGAGCCCCAAAGAUUUGCGCAGGGCGGCUUUGGAGAGGUCUGGAGGGCUGAGCUGCGCACCGACCACAAAGGGGCGGGCAUAUGUGAUGAGGGUGGUGCAUUUGUGCUGAAGCACAUCCUGGUGGACAAGGGGAGCGAGGCACACCUCAGUGGCUUGAGGGAAGCCUACUUUGGCCAGCUGCUGCAAGGCCCCCAGCAUGUGCAGUCCGUGCAGGGCGCGGACAAUGGCCGUGAUCACAUCACCCGCUAUGUCGAGGUUCUGAUGGAUGAUGCGGAUUUGUGGCUGGUCUUCUGUGACGAGGGAAUCUCCUUGCACUCCCUGAUCUAUAGCAGCAGGCAGCCCAACAUAGGGGAAGGUGGGCCAAAGCUGCUGGAGCCCAGCAAGUGGUGGUGGGCCAUGCGGACAGAGCCCCACGGAGAAUCCAUGCUGAGGGACAUCCUGAGGCAGACACUGCUGGCUCUAGAGACCCUGCAUGCUGCCAAUGUCACCCACAGGGACGUGAAGCCAGAGAACCUGCUCCUGCAGCCUGGCAGGGAAGGGAGGGAGCCCAGCGUGCACCUGCGCCUGAUAGAUUUUGGCAGCGCCAUUGAUGCACACAGCGUGCGGCAGCUGUACGGGGCGCAGGGACCCUCCAUCAAUGAGCAGACCCAGGAAUACGCGCCGCCAGAGGCGCUUCUGGGAAGGUACUGGUCUGGGCAGCCUGUGCUCAAGCGCACGUGGCCGUAUGACAUGUGGAGCCUGGCAGUCUCCUGGCUGGAGCUAGUUCUUGGCACACGCCAUGUGUUCCAGGUUGAUGCCAGAACGCGAGCGAGGCUGUACCAGAAAGUCAACCUGGAUGCUAUGUCUGAUGAAGAAAAAAAACUGGCCUUCUGGCUUCGGGGACUGAUGGAGCUUUGCAUCUACCCUCCACGUCCAACCACACAGGCAUCACCAGGCGGUGGAAAGAGCCUGCCACUGCCUUGGAGUUGCACAGACCAGGCACUGUUGGACGUGGUAAAGCAGCGAGACCCUUCAGGCAAAGGAUUGCCAAGUGUUCAGGCACUGCGCCUCCUAAUGUCUCUCCUGCACUGGAACCCUGCUUCCCGUCCCACUCCUCAGCAGGCACUCAGGCAUGCUUUCUUCACCAUGCCGCUCAUCCAACAGGACGUGGGCGUGCCCACAUGCAGCGAUGAUCGCUUGCAGCCUGGUUGGUGUUGAAGGGUAUCUUUCUACCUCGAGCCUUGGCAUCGAGAGCUUGACUUCCAUGGUCAAGGUCUUUGAUUGUGUGGGCGUUGGUUCACUCGGCAAGUUUUACAUCAUGUACUGUAAGUUGGAUGGUGGAUGGAGAUACAGUCUAAUGAAGGAUCUUGAUGUAAAGAGAUGGACUUA